AUAUGCAGUGUCCCAUGAUGAUUGAAUUGUAUGACUGCGGCCCUCUUCACGCCCAUGACUUUUGUAAUAGAUCCUGGCUUGUCACAUAGCCACUCAGUACUACGGAUCCAGUUGUCAUGCCUGCAAGAUGAUAGCACAAGAAGGAAAAACUACUUGGUUACUAAGCGAUGAACGACAAUUUAAUAUGCCAAGACUCAGCACUCGACAUCGGUCGCGUUUAUGUAUGUAGUUGCAGAAUACUUUUUCCGCACGGCCGUCAACGCGUUCCCCGUCGAAACUGGCGCUCAAGUCCGACCUUCUACCUUACCUAGGGCCUAUGACCAGCGACCAGCCUGUCAGUCUUCCAAUUUCAUACGUUCAAGGCUCGCCGUGUGGAGUAUCGCUUGCUGGGCUCACACACCUCGAGAGAAGAUGAAGCUUUUGAACGUAGAAGUUGUGCUCGACCGGGAAAAGGAUAUCCAGCAGGCCGAAUCUGAUCCUGAGGUCCUUAAGGAGCUUGAUGACGAGGCCACACAUUAUGCCAUACUAUCACACCGCUGGGGGGUCGAGGUCACUUACAAAGAGAUGACCGGACUCACGAAGAUGGAGGAAUGGAAGAGGGACGAAGUCAGGAAGCGCUACGGCUAUCAAAAGAUCAUCAAGAGCUGCCAGCAAGCUAUGAAGGAUGGCUACAAGUGGUUGUGGAUCGAUACCUGCUGCAUCGAUAAGCGGAGCAGUUCGGAACUCUCGGAGGCUAUUAAUUCAAUGUAUCGGUGGUAUCGAAACGCACAGGUCUGCUAUGCGUACCUCAAUGACGUCCACGAGUCAGCCUUCCCUAUCGAACAAAAUAACAGCGAGCAUGAAUUUGGCAACUUUCACGGUUGGCCGGAGUGGUUUGUACGGGGCUGGACGCUACAGGAACUCAUCGCACCGAAGCGAGUUGAAUUCUUCAACAAAGACUGGGCGCCCAUUGGCAAUAAACGGCACCUUGCACCGACAUUGGAGAGGAUAACAGGUAUUCCUUUGGAAGUUCUGAGGGAUGGUCUGACUGCGAAAUGUCUCAGCGUCGCACAAAUCAUGUCGUGGGCUGCCGACCGGCAGACAUCGCGCUUGGAAGAUCGGGCGUAUUCUUUGAUGGGGCUGUUCGGAGUGAACAUGCCCAUGCUGUACGGCGAGGGCAAAAAGGCAUUCCACAGACUUCAGCUGGAAAUCAUCCGCAUAUCGGGCGAUCACAGCAUAUUCGCAUGGGACCCAUGGAAGCCACGGCCGGGCAGUGUCCUGGCAGAGGAUCCGAGCGACUUUCGGGAUUGUGUCUCUAUCAAGAAGAUGGAACCCGACGAUUUCCACAGACUAUUAAAGAAUUACAUUGAGAACAAACUUGAACUCGACGGCCUCAGAAACGACGCAGAGACACAUUGGCACAAACUCGCGGCGUUGCGUGACGCUGCGCACUCCCGGCAGUUUCGCACAUUUACUGUCAGCAACGCGGGCAUCCAAGUAUGGCUGCCCGUCAUCCCCUCUAGCGACUCCCCGUCUCUUUUCAGGGCCACAUUGGCAUGUAGCCAUGGUUCGCGUCUCGUCACAAUCGACUUGAUAUCCCCUGGGACCAGCUUUGACAGGACUUUUGGCACUACAAAAAUUCUCAGGACGUAUCCAGAGUUCAGGACACUCUAUCUAUCCCAUCAUCAAAAUGAAAUGCGCUGUGAGUUUCUCCUGGACGACAAGAAUGCCUCAUACCGUGGGUUCACCCGCUGCGGCACCUUCCCGCGCGAGUUCACAGGCGAUACUGUCGCACUUUCAUCCGUUACAAAUGAUCUCAUUGUCAUGGUCUGCGCCAACAACGAUACCAGGUCUCACUUUGCAGUUGGAAUUGGAUAUUACCUCGGCCAAGGGUGGGUGCAUGUCAUCAACGAUGAGCGCCUCGCAUCCGAAGAGGAGGACUGGAAAUCGCCAGGCUUUGCCUCGCGAAUAUACGAUCGAAUGUGGAAUGCACGUGCGGAACAUGCUCGGAGUAUGCCCAAACAAGAACAUGACUAUGGGCACUGCCACGACUACUUCAUUAAGCAUACCCAUCUCCCGCAAUCAAUUUGGUGUGCGAGAGUAAUCUGGGGUAGAUGGGAGACAGACAAUUUCAAGAUUAUGAUCGAUGUCGACCAAUGUCCUGGCUGUUGUGAUGGGCCACGUGCAUGGACAAUUACGUCUAAUGGUUGGAACGGUCUGGAUAUGCCAGGUCUCAUGAAUACAGUUCACCAUUCUUAUUCUAUGGAACUGGAUGGGUGGCUGACUCGGUUUGAUAAGUUUUCUGGUCACAGAAUUGUGGUACGUCGUGCCGCGUCUCCUUCUGCUUGGCUUGAGCCCGAGAUGAACAGUUGGGUGAUUAUGGCGACUACCUCAAUGGCAAUUUCAAACGCACUGGCAAUAUAUUCGAGGAUAUGAUGGCGCUUGGAAUCGAUCCUAUGGAGUCAGCUUACUGCCCUGUGGUUUCCUAUGUUUCCAGUGACAUAGCGUA